AUGAAAUUUGGCUCGCAGUUGAAGGAUGCAAUCUACCCUGAGUGGACUCCUUUCUACAUUGACUAUGAUGGCUUGAAGAAGAAGCUGAGAAAGGCUGAAAAAGACAGACCUUUUACUGAAAAGGAUGAGACAGAGUUUGUAGAGUUACUGGAUAACAAUCUUGAAAAGGUAUACGCCUUUCACCAAGAGAAAAUCGAGGAAAUCAAAAAGAGUAUUGAAACCUACGAUGACAAAAUCAACAACCAAAUCCCUAGCCAAGAUACCACUGACAUGAGCUCUAUUCAAGAAAACAUCAAUUGGAUUGCUGAUGACAUCAACCGUCUUGCCCGCUACUCUCGUAUCAACUACACUGGCUUUCUCAAGAUUGUAAAGAAACACGAUCGCCAUACAGAGUACGUUCUUCGCCCCAUGUUCAUGGUGAGAUUGAAUCAGUGUCCCUUUUGGAACGAGGAUAACGACGGUCUCUUGAUCAAACUGUCUGAGCUGUUUGCCAAGGUGAGAGAUGGUGGUAUGACAAUGUCUUUCAAACCUACUUCACAGGCCAUGAACGUUUUGGACGAACAAACAAACAAUGAGCGUCGCUUGGUUGUGAAACGUUUCUUUGUUCAAACUGAAAACGUAUUGGAACUUAAAACCUAUGUGCUUCGUCAUUUGCCCGUCUUGGUGUAUCGCGACAAUAGCAAAAAGCAAGAUAACAUCGACCCUCCCAUCUCCUCGGUGUAUUUGGAUAACGCUGAUUUAGAUGCCUACAACUCUCGUGUGGAGGCUGCUGAGGGUUCCCAGAUCAUUCGUUUGCGUUGGUAUGGUAGCGCUAAAGGUAACAAUGCCAUUGGCUUUGAGCGCAGAACGCUGGCAGAGGAGAACCGUGGUGAGUUGAAGGAUCGCUUCACUAUCAAGGACAAGUAUGUCGCGGGUUUCCUGAAGGGCGAUCAGACAUUCAUUGAGAAGGCUGUGCGCAAGUACAAGAACAGCGGUCGUUCUGAGGAGGAUGUGCAAAAGUAUGAGAGCUUGAUCAAAGACGUGCAAAAAGACAUUAUGGAGAAGAAUGAGCAGCCAGUGUUGCGUACCUAUUAUCGCAGAACAGCAUUCCAAAUCCCUGGCGACAGAAGCGUCCGCAUGGCCUUGGACACUGAUUUAUGCUUUAUUCGAGAAGAUUCGCAACUGUUCCCAGACGACAACACAGUGCGUCGCCCUGCUGACAGCUGGAGACGACCUGACGCUGACACCAAUUUCCCCUUUGACAAUCUCAAGAACGAGAAUGACAUUAAUAGAUACCCUUUUGCUACAUUUGAAAUCAAACUUGAAUUGGCACCAAACGAGAAGGAACCUGAAUGGAUUGUUGAUUUAGAGGAGAGCGGCAUUCUGGAGGAGGCAUUUGAUUUCUCCAAAUUUGUCCAUGGUAUUGCUGUCAUGUUUGAUACACGUGUGCCUCUGUUGCCUUACUGGCUGGCUCAAAUGGACAACGAUCUGCAAGAAUUGCCUACAUUACCUUCUAAUGCACCUUCUGUCAGUCAAAAGAAUCAUAAGGGCAAGAGUAAAGCACCCAGUGAAGUGGAUUCCAUCCAUUCGGAGUCUCGUACACGUGCCCCCUCCUCCUCCAAUGAACGUUCUUCCUUACUAGGUACACAACAUACCACAUCUUAUAUGGGUACGCACAAUGAAGCCUCCGCUGCCUCUACCAUUGCUGAGGAACAAGAAGCGAGCUAUCCCUCCAAGAUAAUCGACAAUAUUAGCUCUGUAUUUGACAAAUUCAUGGGUAAAUCAGGCCAUCUUAGCAAGCAACAGCAAGAACAACGCGAAAGACAACUCAAUGCUGCACCUGUCAUUUUACCACCUGGCGUCAAGAUCCCUAAAAAGAUGGUGACACCACUACGUGUGGAACCCAAGGUCUUUUUUGCCAAUGAACGAACCUACUUUUCAUGGAUGUCCUUUGGUACUUUGAUCUCCACCUUCUCGCUUGCCUUGUUCAACUCGGGAGAUGCUGUUGGUAAGUUGAGUGGUGUCGUCUAUACCCUAGUAUCUGUAUCCACUUUGAUGUACGGUAUGGGUCUUUACUAUCGUCGUCGUGAAUUGAUCCAUAAUCGUGCUGCUGGCCCUUAUGAUGAAUUGGUGGGUCCUACAGUCAUUUGCUUUGCCCUCUUGUUUGCCGUUGCAUUGAACGCAUACCUCAAAUUCACUAUCAAAUCUCCCUCUUUAUUCUACCUUUAA